CGGAUGGAGUCGGAGGAGUCGGGAGAUGAGGAGGGGAGGAAGCAGGCGGUUCGCUUGGUGACAGAGCUCAGCCAGCAGAGCCUGCGGGAUGAGCAGAACGGCGAGAACUCCGCAGCAAGUUCAAUGUGCAUCCUGUGUGAUUUGGUUUUGCAGCUUUGGAUUUGAGUGUUCUUUUCCACACUGGCUAUCAUGAGUGCUCUCACAAAGCCAUAUGUCAAAAUUAAGAGGAGCCUACCCUUUGACAGGCCCCAGAAGAGAGUAUUUAACACAUUACCUAAAUCAAGUGUUUAUAAAUUAAAACAUUCAAGCUUGCUAGCCAGAUGAAGCCAAAGAAUUUUUUUUUUCUCGAAUGAGGUUUUUUACUGAAGAUUUUUUACUGAAGAUUUAUUUUUUUACCCAGUGCGUGAUUUGCUUUACUGUUGGACAACUUUAAAGCCUCAAAAGCCUUGAAACUCAAGAAGUUCCAUCACCAUGAGCACUAAGUUGCUGCCAGUAUGACUCAAUACAAGGGGUAUAAUUUGGAUUUCUUCAUUGAUAUCUCAAAUAACUAGUUCCAACCCAGGCACUGUUUCUGUGGGCUGUAAAUUCAGCAAGACCACUUGUUUGGCUUGGAGCAUUUCUCACUGACUUUGCACCCAAGAAACAGGAGAUGCAGAGACACCAGUGGACAUGGAGACUAUUAGCCUGGAUCCAGAAGCUGAGGAUGUUGACUUGAAUCAUUUCCGAAUUGGGAAGAUUGAAGGAUUUGAGGUGCUCAAGAAAGUGAAGACUCUGUGUCUCCGUCAAAAUUUGAUCAAGCGCAUUGAAAACCUGGAGCAAUUGCAGACCUUGCGGGAGCUGGAUCUCUAUGACAAUCAAAUUCGGAAGAUUGAGAAUUUGGAGUCACUGGUGGAGCUUGAGAUCCUGGACAUCUCCUUUAAUGUUCUGCGACACAUUGAAGGACUAGAUCGGCUUACUCAGCUUAAAAAACUCUUCCUUGUCAACAACAAAAUCAGCAAAAUUGAAAAUUUGAGCAACUUGCAGACGCUACAGAUGUUAGAGUUGGGGUCCAAUCGAAUUCGGGUGAUAGAAAACAUCGACACCUUGGCUAAUCUUGACAGUCUGUUCCUUGGAAAGAAUAAAAUCACCAAGCUCCAGAACCUGGAUGCGCUGACAAACCUGACUGUGCUCAGUAUACAGAAUAACCGUCUGACCAAGAUUGAGGGGCUGCAGAGCUUGGUGAACUUGCGGGAGUUGUACCUCAGCCACAAUGGCAUCGAAGUCAUCGAGGGACUGGAGAACAAUAACAAACUCACAAUGCUGGACAUUGCAUGCAACAGAAUUAAGAAGAUCGAGAAUAUCAGUCACCUAACAGAGCUCCAGGAGUUCUGGAUGAAUGACAACCUCGUUGAGAGCUGGAGUGACCUGGAUGAGCUGAAAGGAGCCAAGAAUUUGGAGACUGUAUACCUGGAGCGAAACCCCUUGCAGAAGGACCCCCAGUACCGGCGCAAAAUCAUGCUGGCCCUCCCAACCGUCCGGCAGAUCGACGCCACAUUCGUUCGAUUCUGAUGCUCUUGCUGCCCUCUCUCCCCUGCCCUCCUCCAAGAAAUGUCCCAGCAGGGUUUUUUAUCCACUCACCAUUCCCCAGGUCUUCAGUACACUGACACUCACAGGGCAAACAGUCAAAAAAAACCCACUGAAACCAGGUCUCGUGUACAAUGCACUCAUUGUUUUUGAAAUGUUGUUAUUAUUAUUAUUAUUAUUAUUAUUAUUAAAUCUUAACACAAGA